UCCGUCAGCCGGAAGUCCCGCCUGCCGAGUAGUCGUCGCUGCCGUCGUCGCCGCCUCCGUUGUUGUUGUGGUCGCUUCGCCGAAGUCUGCGGCUCCAAGAGCCGGCUCUGUCGUUUCCCGCCGCCAUGAAGUGGAUGUUUAAGGAGGACCACUCGCUGGAACACAGAUGCGUGGAAUCCGCGAAGAUCAGAGCGAAGUAUCCCGACCGGGUUCCGGUGAUCGUGGAAAAAGUCUCUGGCUCCCAGAUUGUUGACAUCGACAAGAGGAAGUACUUGGUGCCAUCCGACAUCACGGUGGCUCAGUUCAUGUGGAUCAUAAGGAAAAGGAUCCAGCUUCCCUCCGAGAAGGCCAUCUUCCUGUUUGUGGACAAGACAGUCCCGCAGUCCAGCCUAACUAUGGGACAGCUUUACGAGAAGGAAAAAGAUGAAGAUGGAUUCUUGUAUGUGGCCUACAGCGGAGAGAACACUUUUGGCUUCUGAGGCCCUUGCUGGGCUAGGUGCACCCUUCCUGCUUGUGUAUCUUGUAAAUAACUGGCUGUUCUCAGUUACUCCGCCAGAGCCUCCACACAGACCUACUAGUGCAUUUGUAACUGGAUUUAUUUCUUAAUAUAUUGGAAGGUUUUGUUUCCUUAGAUUAGUAAAUUAUCAUACAGAGUUUUAUUUUCAGUUUUCUUUCUGUGCACUGUCCUCAUGGCUAUAUGCUCCAGGGAACCUGUCCUCUGGGAAUCAUAUUUAAUGAAGACAUAAUGAAGGGCGGUAGGUGUGGUAUUACAGUGGAAAGGAGGGCUGAUGCAUUGUUCUGGAUUAUGUCCGAAGUGUUAGAUGGCUAAGUACUAAAAGCACCCAAAUUAAAUCUUAGCAAUCAGAACACUUGCUUUACUAGAUUUUGCCAACUGCAAAUCAUGUUGGACUGAGCUAAUCUGUUCUUCUUUCUGAGACUAUUAAGGUAAAUACUUAACAAUAAAGCCUCCUUAUAAAGGCA